ACUCACACUGCUUAUGCCAAACCAAACCUAACCCAGGUUCGGUUCCGAAGGGAACUUUGUAGUGUAAUCAAAUCUUGGUUCGGGUGCCUUGGUUUGGUUUGGCAGAUAAGCUAAAUGGCCAAAGGUCGCAGGUUCAGCUCCAACCGAACCGAACGUUUGUUGGGAACCGCCUACACCGCCCAAGGCUCCACCGUCUCCGUCACCGACCCGUCGGAGUUCCGGGAAGAGGAUGUGUGGUCCACGGCGGAAGACCACGACAUGAAUGUCUACCACGACGGCGAUUGGGAGUCACGUGCCACGCAUCGUGCUCGGAAUCGUGAGCUGGAGGAGCAGCACCGCCAAUUGGGCGGUUUGUCGAUGGCGUUUGAGGAUCCGGCGGGGAGGAUGAUGACCACGGCAACGUCGUCGUCGAGGAUCGUGCAGCAGCACCAGUACCACCGGUCGCAGCGGCACCACCACGUGGCCACGUCAGCGCCGGUGAACGUUCCCGAUUGGAGCAAGAUACUCCGGGUCAACUCGGUGGAAUCGCUUCACGACGGUUUCGACGAUGACGGUGAUAACGAACCGGAGAUGGUUCCGCCGCACGAGUACUUGGCGCGGAGCCGGAAAAUGGCGGCAAAUUCGGUUUUCGAGGGCGUUGGCCGCACGUUGAAGGGCCGUGACAUGAGCCGGGUUCGGGAUGCUGUGUGGAGCCAGACCGGGUUCAAUGGCUGAACCGUUCGAUCCCUCUGCUUUCCAAUUCAAUAUUCCUCUCCUUAUUAAUUUUGACCAAUCAGAUUUAAGGUUGGCAGUUAAUUAAAAAAAAAAAGAGAGAAAGAAAGAAAUAGAAUUAGCUUCUUUUUAUUUUUCCUUUUAAUUUUCACUCCUUUUGAGUUGUCAAAAUUGGAUUUGGGGUUAUAGUUUAGCGCUGUGUGGCGAGUAUGUGUAUGGAAAAUACCAAUGAACUUACAUAUAGUAGGGAGUCUCGUCAAAUUGAAGUAUUUAAUAGUUGUUUUGAAAAGAUCGGUCAACAUCUUAUGUACUCAGAAUUGGAACCAAACAUGUCCUUAUAGUGCAUUUGGAAUUGGGCGAUUUCAUAAGCUACUAGAAGUGAUUAUGGUUCCCUGCAGCAGAAACCAAAGGCAUCAGAAUUUGAUGAUCUCAUCCUCAUACAAUGAAAGCUGUAAUCCCGUUUUUGGAUAAAUUUGUAUCUCUGUUAAGAAAGGAUGUGAUAUCAUAGAAUGUGAAGAGGAAAUUGAUCCCCAUUUGUGGAUAAUUUUGUAUUAUUGCGGUUCA